UCGCGGCGGUGACGCCAUCGCGCGGCGCGGCGGCGGGCGGGUUCGAUGGCCGCGGCGGAGGCGCGGAAGCGGCGGCCCAAGGGUCACUUCGCGGCCGGGCGGGCCAAGCGGCCCCGCGGCGGCGGGCGGCAGCUGGAGGCCGGCAUGCGCGGCAUCCUCAUCACCUGCAACAUGAACGAGCGCAAGUGCGUGGGGGAGGCCUACAGCCUCCUCGGCGAGUACGGGGACCGGCUCUACGGGCCCGAGCAGUUUUCAGAUCCCGAGGAGCGGCUGUCUGGAAGCGAGAGGGAGGAGGAUGAGGAUGAUGUUGAGGCUGCCCUGAAGAAGGAGGUCGGCCAGAUCCGCACCCUAACGGAGCAGAAGCUGCGGCGGUUCCAGUCGGUGGAGAGCGGUGCCAACAAUGUGGUCUUCAUCAGAACCCAGGGCAUAGAACCUGAGAACCUGGUGCACCAUAUAUUAAAGGAUAUGCAUGCCACUAAAAAGAAGAAAACAAGAGUCAUUCUGCGCAUGCUGCCCGUUUCUGGAACUUGCAAGGCUUUUAUGGAAGAUAUGAAAAAAUACACGGAAACGUUUUUUGAGCCUUGGUUUAAAGCCCCUAAGAAGGGUACUUUUCAGAUUGUUUACAAAGCUCGUAAUAACAGUCAUAUGAGUAGGGAAGAAGUAAUUAAGGAAUUGGCAGGAAUUGUGGGAAGCCUCAAUCCAGAAAACAAAGUCGAUCUUAAUAACCCACAAUAUACAAUUGUGGUGGAAAUAAUAAAAAGCGUCUGUUGCUUGAGUGUGGUGAGAGACUAUGUUCUGUUUAGAAAGUACAAUCUACAGGAGGUGGUGAAGAGCAAAGAAGACACACAACAAAACCCAUCAAGUCUGACAGAAGAACAGAACUCGGAGCUAGUAAAACCAGAAACUGUGGAGGAGGAGGAGGAGAAGGAGAAGAGCUCAAAUGAAGUAAAACAAGAGAACAACCACGGAGAAGGAGAAGAGCUCAAAUGAAGUAAAACAAGUGAACAAGAAUCAAGGAGAAACAAGGUUUCAGAGUGGAAUACUUAUCACAAGGGCAGAUAUAGAACUGAAGAUCCCACAGUAGGUCUGCAGAAGAAUUGGGGAGAGAAGGCAACUUUCCUAAGUCAGAACACCAUCAAGCUGGGAAGAGCCACAGUUCUUUGGUGUUGCACCUGCUCUGGUUGGUAUAAAUGCAUCCCAUGCUGCAGGCCUGGAAUGGCUCUCCGGAAAUCCACUUUUG